AUGGGGCUGACUCCUGCCAGCAUCAGGCCCAGGCUCAAUGUUGAGAAGUGUCACAAUUGUUGGGAGCCUGGACACUUCGCAAAUCGGUGCCUCGGAACCGACCGUUCAAGGUGCUGCCUCAAGUAUGGCAAAGCGGGGCACUCUGUCGGCGAGUGCACCCUCUGCGUGCAGCCGCACCGAGCAUGGUCUGGCAAGUGCGGCCGUAUGAAAGCGUUCCUCAACUCGGCCAGGAGGGAAAGUAUUGCCGAAGGCAGCGAGAUGUCAACUGCGGCAGGAAUGGAGACGUGUUAG